UCUUCAUACUCGAACCCGGAACACAGGACACUACAACCAUGACUGGACUUCAUGCCUGCCUGCUCUUGGCCCUGGUCUCCAGCGCCGCCGCCGGCUAUGUCCGUGGCUCCUUGCUCAGGAAUGCCGCCCUUGGAUACGGCUAUGGACAAUAUGCCACUGGAUUGGGCGGCUACGGUGGCUACGGCCUGGGUCACGGCUACGGCUACUCCGGGCUCACUGGCUCCGGUCUUGGCUACGGCGGUGUCAGCUACGGUGGUCUCGGCUACGGUUACGGUGGCCUUGGCUACGGCUACAGCGCGCUCGGCCGCACCGUUGCCGCUGCUCCUGCCGUGACCCGUACCGUGUCUGCCUAUCACGCUGCUCCAGCGGUGACCGCAGUCCACGCUGCGCCGUCGUACGCCACUUACGCCUCCGCUCCGGCUGUCACCCGCUACGGCCUGGGUCACGGCUACGGCUACUCCGGGCUCACUGGCUCCGGUCUUGGCUACGGCGGUGUCAGCUACGGCGGUCUCGGCUAUGGUUACGGUGGCCUUGGCUACGGCUACAGCGCGCUCGGCCACACCGUUGCCGCUGCUCCUGCCGUGACCCGUACCGUGUCUGCCUAUCACGCUGCUCCAGCGGUGACCACCGUCCACGCUGCUCCGGCUAUCACCCGCUACGCGUCCUACGGCGUGGCCCCAUCCGUCGCUUCCUACGGUGUCGCCGCUGCCCCAGCUGUCACUGCGGUCCACCACGCUCCAGCCGUUGCUUCGUACGGCGUAGGUCUCGCCCACGCUGCCCCCGCUUUCACCGCGGUCCACCACGCCCCAGCCGUCGCCUCCUACGGCGUUGGCCUAACUCACGCCGCCCCAGCCGUCGCCUCGUACGGCGUUGGUCUUGCUCACGCUGCCCCAGCCGUCGCUUCUUACGGCGUUGGCCUCGCUCACGCUGCUCCAGCAGUUGCCUCCUACGGAGUCGGCCUGGCUCAUGCCGCUCCUGCCGUCGCCUCUUACGGUGUCUCUCACGCUGCCCCUGUAUACGGUUACGGAGUUGGAUCCCUCGGCUACGGUGCCGGCCACUACGGCUACGGCUACGGCCUCGGCAGCUAUGGCCUGAACUACGGUUACGGCCUGGGUACUCCCUACCACUACUCCAACCUUCUCCACAAGAAGAAGUAAAUUAUUCAUCACGGAAGAAUCGGCAUGAACAUCCCCUCAUUACUUCUAUGGAAUCGACAUUUUACUGCCCUCGUUGCUUUGAAAUCUUGAAUAAAGAUUUCAGAAAAUCUCUAA